ACAAGUUUGAGUCGCGGAGUGGAGCCGAGAAGCAAAGCGAAGGCAUUUCAGACAGACGCUUUGAGAGGGCAAGUCGGCGUUUAAGUAAAGCUUGGCUUUAGAGAAGCAGUUUAGAGGUUAGUUUAUACAGCUAAGCGUGUGAAAAUAAAGGCAGCACUGCUGGAAUAGUGCAGUGUGUGAGUGUGGGAUAAUUGGAAAGGCUUGAAGAGGAGAGAAGGCCCAGUGGAAAAGGCAGAGAGAUGAAGAAGCUGCUGCUACUGUUGAUUGUGCUGCUCGGCUUAGCCCACUUCAUUACCAUCAGCACAGGAGAGGAAGAGGGAGAAGAGCUGAGCAAAGACGGCGCCAUCGACGCUGAAGAUGAUGAGGACGAUGAUGACGAUGAGGAUGAUGACGAUGACAGCACGGAGGUCAAAGAGGAAAAUGGUGUGCUUGUUCUCACUGAUGCCAACUUUGACACGUUCAUAGAAGACAAAGACACGGUGCUGGUGGAAUUCUAUGCGCCGUGGUGUGGCCACUGCAAGCAGUUUGCACCGGAGUAUGAAAAGAUCGCUCAGACACUCAAGGAAAACGAUCCUCCGAUCCCUGUGGCGAAAGUCGAUGCCACUGUGGCUACUUCACUUGCGAGUAAAUUUGAUGUGUCUGGAUAUCCUACUAUCAAAAUUUUGAAAAAGGGAGAGGCGGUGGACUACGAUGGAGAUCGAACUGAAAAAGCUAUUGUCGAGCGAGUUAAAGAAGUCGCACAGCCAGACUGGAAACCUCCUCCAGAGGCCACACUGGUGCUGACGAAGGACAACUUUGAUGAUGUGGUUAAUAAUGCUGACAUCAUUCUGGUGGAGUUUUAUGCCCCCUGGUGUGGUCACUGUAAAAGACUCGCUCCUGAGUAUGAGAAAGCUGCCAAGGAACUCAGCACUCGAACCCCUCCUAUACCACUGGCUAAAGUCGAUGCCAGUGCAGAGACUGACCUCGCCUCCCGGUUUGACGUAACUGGAUACCCAACACUCAAAAUCUUCAGGAAGGGGAAAGCGUUUGACUACAACGGACCACGGGAGAAAUAUGGUAUUGUUGAUUACAUGAGCGAGCAAGCAGGUCCUCCAUCCAAGCAGGUGCAGGCCGUGAAACAAAUUCAGGAACUGGUGAAAGAUGGAGAUGAUGCUGUGAUUGUUGGCGUGUUCACCAGUGAAGAGGAUGCUGCCUAUGAGAUCUAUCAAGAAGCAUGCAACACCCUCAGAGAAGACUACAAGUUCCGCCACACGUUCACUAACGAAAUCGCCAAGUUCCUGAAGGCCUCACCUGGCCAGGUGGUCAUGCUCCAGCCAGAGAAGUUCAGGUCGAAAUAUGAACCUUCAUCCCACACCUUAACCAUUAAAGAUUCCACAUCUGCCUCAGAGGUUCAAGAUUUCUUUAAGAAACACACACUGCCAUUAGUGGGACACAGAAAACAGAGCAAUGCUGAGAAGCGAUACUCCAAACAUCCGCUGGUGGUUGUGUAUUACGGUGUUGACUUCAGUUUUGAUUACAGAGUUGCCACACAGUACUGGAGGAGCAAAGUGCUGGAGGUGGCCAAGGACUUCCCAGAGUACACAUUCGCCAUCGCAGAUGAGGAAGACUAUUCUGAUGAGCUGAAGGGCCUCGGGCUCAGUGAGAGCGGCGAGGAGGUGAACGUCGGCAUCCUUGAUGAAGGAGGGAAGAAGUAUGCGAUGGAGCCAGAGGAGUUUGACUCUGACGUGCUUCGGGAAUUCGUUCUGGCCUUUAAAAAAGGCAAACUGAAGCCCAUCGUCAAGUCGCAGCCCAUUCCCAAGAACAACAAGGGACCUGUGAAGGUUGUUGUUGGGAAAACAUUUGAUGAAAUCGUCAUGGACGCGAAGAAGGAUGUCCUGAUCGAGUUCUAUGCGCCGUGGUGUGGUCACUGCAAAAAGAUGGAGCCCGACUACCUCGCUCUUGGAAAGAAAUACAAGAACGAGAAGAAUCUGGUGAUCGCCAAAAUGGAUGCCACGGCCAACGACGUGCCACACGACGCCUACAAAGUGGAAGGAUUUCCUACGAUAUACUUUGCCCCCAGCAACAAGAAGCAGAAUCCCAUUCAAUUUUCAGGUGGUGAAAGAAACAUGGAGAGUUUAAGCAAAUUCUUAGAAGAACAUGCAACAAAAUUAUCACAGAAGAAAGAUGAACUCUAAAGGUAUUUAGAGGAACUCUGAACCUGACGUGAUAAAACGCAGACCUCAGGUGUCUGACUUGUUCUUGCAGUAAGCAAUUGUUUCUGAAAGCAGAAUUUUCUGUUCAUUCCAAAGCACUGUUUAUUAGAUUUCUUUUCAAAAAUCUUUUUAAAUAAAAAAAAAAAAUUGGAAAAGGGAAAACAACUGGCUGUCCUCUUUUAAGAUUGUGCACUUCCAUUAAGAUGGGUCUAGAUGGAUAGAUGCAGGAGCCGGGACCUUUUGUUGGUUCUGUAACAAGCCUAUCAAUAAAAUAUAAUUGAUCAUUGAA